AUGAGCAGCUUUUACGGGAUAUCUGGAGCCAAUGCUGAUGACCAGACAUGGGGGCCUGGGGCGUGCACUUCCCUUCAUCAGAUGCAUGGCUUAAAACCUAUCACAUUGAGUCAAGUAUUGAAGAAGAAGAGCCGCCAUGAAAAGAUUGUGAUGUGCACAGCAUAUGAUUUAUUUACAUCCCGCGUAGCCGACGAUGCCAUGGUCGAUAUCCUGUUAGUCGGUGAUUCCCUCGCGAACGUUGUUCUGGGGGAGUCCCGGACAGCGGCGGUUGAUCUGGACACAAUGAUCCUGUUCGCCAAGCUUGUAACCAAGGGCACUAGACGAUCGCUUGUUGUGUUCGACCUUCCAUACGGCACAUACAGCACACCAGAGCAGGCAGUUGCAGCAACCAUCAAAGUCGUUCAGGAGACGGGUAUUCAGGUGGUCAAGCUGGAAGGUUACCUUCCGGAGGUUGUCAAGGAGGUGUCCAAGUAUGCGGCAGUGUGUUGCCACCUUGGUUUGCUACCUCAGACUGCCACGUCGUUUGUGACUGCAGGUGGCACAGCAGAGGAUGCCGAACGGCUUUUACAACAGGCACUUGACUUGCAAGAUGCAGGCGCGGCAAUGCUAGUACUGGAGAUGGUUUGUACCGAGGCGGCAGAGCAUAUCUCUCGCAGCCUUCGCAUCCCCACAAUCGGCAUUGGAGCAGGUGUAGGGUGUGAUGGCCAAGUGUUAGUAAUCCAUGAUAUGCUGGGGCUCUGUGGCCCUGGUGCCGCGCAAUAUAAAUUCGCCAAAAGAUAUGCGAACCUCUAUGAUAUGGCAGUUUCGGCUUUGGGAACUUUCAGAAGUGAGGUGGUACAGGGUUCAUUUCCUCAACAGUGCAAUUCGACUCCUAUGAGACCGGGAGAAGGUGAAAAGUUUGCUGAUACAUGCGCGCACCGGACAUCAACUUCAGCAGACUCAAGCACGAUCGCCGAACGAGGAGGUGGCAUCAGCAGCUCUGUGACUUUGGGCUCAACCAAGCAGUACUCUGCUGAAACAAAAAGCUCUGACGUCCCCCAAGAAACGGAUUCAUCAGGCCCUUAUAAGGUGUGCGUAUGGGGUGGUGGCCGCAUGGGGCAGCUCUUUGCGUGGAUCCUUGCUGGUUCACCUCAAAUAUUGGCUACGGAUCAGCACGGUCAUGCAGGAUGGCAACAAAAGCAAAUGUACGGCAUUGAAGUAACCAUCUGUACCUCAAGAAAAGACUUGGUUGCUGCAUCUAAUCAAAACGGAGGGCGCUUAAGUGUUAUUCGAUCACAUGGACCACCGACCACUUCCAGCAGUCCUAGCAAUGACCGCACACACAGCUCUACGCUGGCAAGCAUAGCAGAAAAUCCAUUGGGUGCCGCAGGCAAUGGGGAGCAGCGGCUGAUAAAGGUGAUUUCUCACAGUACUGCUGACAAGCUCCGUUACACAUAUGACCUGGUCAUAAUUGCAUGUCACUCUGCCGCCACACAAAACAUAGCAGAGUCAGCUUUCCGCAUGGCGCGCGCUGGCGGCAUGGUGGCUUCGUUGCAAAAUGGACUUAAAGCCCCCCGCAUAUUACGAGCACUACAUGAUCGGCAGCUGCAAUCCGGCGGUGAACCUCCCGCGCUUUUGUUUAUGCCAACAUCCCUUGCUGCAGUGGAAAAGGCACCCCUUCUUGUUCAGGAAGUUGGCAAAGGUAAUGUGAAGAUAUGCGGACAUCUUUGGAGAGCAUCGCAAAAGGCUGGAGAGUUGCAUUCUAUUUUAAUCUCUAGAGGUAUUCGCUGUGAGCUCUUGCCAUGUCAUCGGCUAGACGAAAUUCUGUGGGAAAAAGCAGCAGUUAACUGCUUUAUUAACCCUAUUUCUGCUCUACUAAACUGCACGAAUGGCCAGCUUACCGAUCCUCGUUUGGAACUUGCCCGGAAACUCGUGGUGUCGGAGGUCGUGGCUGUUGCUAGGGGAAAGGGUAUCCCGCUGACAUUUGCAUCUGCCUCUGCCGCGGCCCUUGAUGUCGCCUGCGCCACUAUGGAGAAUUCGUCUUCCACGUUAGGCCAGCUCCAGGAGGGUCGUCCGACUGAGUUAGUAGAUAUUUCUGGAGAAGUCAUCCGGGAAGCCAACCUGAUCGGGUUGAAAGCCCCUGUAAACAGGCUGCUCCUAGAGCUUAUAGGAUUACUCGAGUCCACUCAAGCGCGCCGUCUCACUACUUGUAUACUCAAAGCAAGUGUAAUUACUCACGGGUUACCUGGAAACAUGCCACUUUGCAAGGGGAGCACCAGUUUCGGGUGCGUCGCGAUUGGUAUGAGCAUGCUUAUACCUGACUUGACGCGGAUUUAUGAAAGCGCCGAAGUACUGCAUAGUGAUUAG